AUGAAGUUUCUCUUGCUUAUCUUUGCGGUAAUUGGUUAUUCCUUGGGAGACAUUGCAGUUCUUCGACCAUGUUUUGAAAGAUAUGCAAAUCAUAGACUAGUAAAUGUUCGACCAUAUCAUAGUGAAUGGCGAAUGAGAACCGAAGAUAAUUGUUUACUUUUCUGCGCACAAUCAGCGGUUGGUUUUAAUUUUCGGAUCAAGGAGGGGUACUGUAACUUUUGUGAAAAAACUAUAUUUUUGAUUUGAUAGCUUGAUUGUAGUUAAAAAUUCCCAAAAAUAAUGAAAAGGAAAAAUUUGUACAGUACCUCAAAGACAAUCCGGAAUCCACCGGAAUCCAACAACCGGAAUCCAAUAAAAAAAUGCAAAUUUUCAGUCUCGAUGUAAAUCAGUUGUCUAUGAUACCGUUCAACAUAUUUGUCAUUAUUUCACAGACGAAGGAGUAGAUCAAGCUGUAAUUGCAGCAAAAAUGACAUAUCUACGAGUUGUUUCUAAAGAAUGUCUUGAUGAUGGAGUCGAUGUUGCAGCUGAUCCAAAUUCUCUAACACCACCAGCUUCUCCUCCAAUCCUUCUUACUGGAAAUAAUCACAUUGAUGAGUUGACAAUUGAACAACCACCUGUGGAACCAGAACAAGAAAUUGAGACAACUACACAAGAAGUUAUCACCUUUGAGCCGGCAACUGAAGAACCAACAACUAUUCCAACAACAACUGAAACUUUGAUUGUUGAGGAAGAUUUGGAUAAGGAAAUGGCUAAAUUCACAGGAUCAUUUGAUGAUAGUUCAGAAGCUUCGCAAACUGAUAGAAAUGGUAUCUUUAGAGAUAAAUUGACAAAUGAAGCACAAUGGCUAGACUCAGCUGAAAAGAUGCAUACUCUUGAAAAGGUUUGAUUUUUAUUUAUUGAAACAAGCAGUGAAAUUAAGAAAAUCACAGAACAAUGAUCAGGUUUCAAAUGAGACUGGUUUUGUUUUACAAAAUGUUCGAAAAUAGUUUGAAACAACUUUUUUUAUCUUUUGUUCCAGAAAACCUCGGCUGCUGAAGAAAAGUUUGAGAAAAACGAGGAGACUCCAAAAACCAGAUAUGGGGCAAAAAUCAUCAAAUUUGAUGAGGAAGCCGCAUUCAGAAAACAAUCUGAAUUGAGAAGAGCUCCAGAGCCAACAAGAAAAUCAACAGUUCGACCAAAUUUGAAAGUGGUUACUAUCUCGUCAACUUCUUACAUUCAAAAAGCCAAAUCAUUUUUGGAUGAGUUAAAUGGAGAGGAAGAACAAGAAGAUGAUGAUUUUACAACAACUCCAAUGUCUCGAGUAAGAUCAGUUGAUCCAAUUCAAACCGAAUGUUCGCAAGAUGAUGUUAGUGUUUGGGUUGCAUUUGAGAACAGUGAACAAGAUGAGAAAGAAUCAAAUGAUGAUUCAAAUGUUCACUCGAAAAAAGAUUGUCAACGGCUUUGUGAUGAACAAAAUUGUAGAUCAUUCACAUAUUUUGAAAAAUCUAGAACUUGCCAUCUUUCAACAUCUUCAGAUGGUGUUUCUCUUAAAUCACCAGUUGGUGGAGACUUCUCAGCCAGUUCAUCCACCAAAUUCUGUUAUCCAAGCUCGUUCAGUGUAUUCGAAGGCUGUUCAAACUUCGUUGCUUUUCGUGAUUAUUCUGUUCGCUUGUCAGCGGCUGAAGAAUUUGAUGGACUUCCAAAAAGUUAUGAUGGUAUGCAACUUUGCAUCGAGCUCUGUGUUCUUUCUACAAAAUACACUUGUCGGGUGAGUUUUUUUGAGUUUUGUUUUUUGAAAAUAAAUAAUUCUUGAUUUUUUACAGUCCGCCACAUUCAACCCAAUUACUGGCCAAUGUCGACUUCUUUCCGAAGAUUCAUUGAGCAGCCCAGAUGAUUUCAAAUACGAUGAAUUCCAAAAAUAUUUAUACUUUGAAAACGGAUGCACAUCUACUUCAAACUCUGCAGAAAUUGAGGGAAGAAAUGUUGAAGUUGUGACUAUGAAACCGAAAAAAUUGAAGAAAAAAGUGAGAAAGAUCAAAAGAGUCAGAAGAGUCAAGAGAGUAUGA